UUCGCACUCAUUCCCCCGAUAUCCUACACGACACCAAGCAAAAACACCAGUCCGUCGUCGUCCGUCUUACUCCUUUAUGCAGUAACCACGAUUAUGUCAUGCAUGCCCCCUUCCAACAUUCUGAGUAUUUAUUACUUAGUAAUAAUUCUUGGCUGUUUUAUUCCUCUAUCACUAGUAUGAUUGGUCAUGUUACCAUUCCCACGGGACAAAAAGACAUCUUCACUGCUCCACCAUUUUUUCUAUCUCACGUUGGCUGGUUGCAAUCACUGUAGAAAUCUCAAUGUCGGCAACAUUCCAGCAUACUCUACACAUCCAAUUGAUCCUGCAGCUCGUGCAAGUAGUUUGU